AUGUUCUACCAUGGUGGCAUGGCCAGUCCGCCACCGAGCGACGAUCUCGUGCCGGCCUCGUCUCCCGCCCUCCCCUCGUCUCCUCCCCCGUGCAUCUCUCGAAAAGAAAAGAAGAAAGCCGUCUUGACGCCCCGGAAGUUCCGUCGAUUUUUCACCCCGCGGGGCAUGCCAUCCCACAUCUCGCGAGAACGCCCGGCCCUCGGCGAGCUGGGCAGCCCCGCGAUCAAUGCCCAACCGACACCCCCGCGAUCCAGCUUCGCCGAACCUAUAUCCCCCUCCUCGAAUAACAGCAGCCUGCUGUCGCCCUUUGGAAGCGGAGAUGGGCCAAAGAAACGGAAGCGGACUGUCGUGAAUCCGAUACCCAUGAAGUUGCCACCGUUGAGUCGGUGCUCAAAUUCGAAGCGCUUGAGAACCCAGCUGGAAGACCUGGCGGAGGAUGGGGACAUGCCCUUGGGCCGAAGCCCUCUCGCGAGGUCCUCUUUUGGCCGGGAUGAGAACACUCCACCCGAGGACCAUGUCAUGACCUCGCCCGAGGCACAUUCCCCUUCCAACCGUCGUACGACAGCUUUAGGAUCGAAGUACUCGGCAGGCCCGCAGACAACACCGGAAGAGUUUGCAAGGAAGCUCAGCUCUUUGACAGCCAACAACUUUGCGAAUGUGGGAUAUGACGGUCUUCGGCCUAGGUCUACUUUGAUCGACUAUUUCAAGUGUAAUCGAGCGGGUGUUCCGUCUGCUAGCAGAUUGAAGCCUGUCACAGCCCUUGCAAAGCGCACCCAGCUGGUAAAGGACGAAGCUACCCUCCCUGAGUACCGGCCACAGCCUGUAAUCAAGCUUCGUAAUCGUGGGUUUGGCGCUCAACUCCUCCUUCGUGAGCAGGGAAGCACUUCUCGUCCAGGACGUGAGCGUCUCGAGUAUCCUGCUUUUGAUGCUCCAAUGACGGCGAUUGGAGAUGAGGAAGGCUUCAUUCGCUUCUUCGACACGGCAACAACCCCUCUCGGAGCAACGCCUCGAACAAAAGUCAGCAUCGUUAUUCAGGCCCAUGAGAACGCCAUAAUGGAUCUUGCAUUCUCCGACGACGAUCUCCGUCUCGCAAGUGCCUGCGGCGACCGCUCGGGCAAGAUCUUCGACGUCAUGUCGCAGAGCGUUGCCGUCGAGUUGAACGGCGGCCACUUCCAAUCCAUGCGCCGAGUCGAGUUCCAACCAGGCCAGGCCAACGGAAAUGUUGUGGCCACAUCCGACCGCGACGGUAAGAUUCAAAUCUGGGAUCUGCGGUGUUGCAACACACCUGCCAAUGCAUUUUCCACCCGCGGGCCCGAAGGCAUCGUCCACCGCAACAGGCACCAGCCGGCGCUUUGGGCGAGAACGACCAACACACUCGACAACGCCCACGCCCGCACCGUCGAGGGCGUCACAUCUCCGGCCUCCGUUACGGCGCUGCAAUACAUGCCCCCAGGCCGCGAGCAUCUUCUGCUAUCCGCCUCCGAGGCAAAUGCCUGCAUCAAGCUCUGGGAUACCCGGUACAUCACGCCGCGUAACAAGGACGCCUCGCCGCUUGCCGUGACCGCGGAACCGCCAACUCACCGCUGGCGCCCUUAUGGCCUCACAUCUCUCGCCCUGAGCAGUGACGCAGCCCGCCUCUACGCCGUUUGCAAGGACAACACCGUUUACGCAUACUCCACCUCGCACAUGAUGCUCGGCCAUGCUCCAGAACUCUCCCUCCACCCACCUCGCCAAAAAGCCGGAUCGGCAGUCCGAGGCCUGGCGCCGAUGUAUGGCUUCAAGCAUGACCUAUUCCACGUUAAGUCGUUCUACGUCCGCUGCGCCCUACGCCCCGUGUCCACUUCCGGCACAGAGCUCCUAGCCGUUGGCAGUACGGACAAAUGCGCAGUCGUCUUUCCCACCGACGAGCGGGUAAUGCGAGAGCACUGGGACACGCAGAGUCACUUGCCCAUUUCUGACACCAUCAACUUGGACGCCACAACCCCACAAUCGAAACAGCCCCUCGCUGGAGGCCAAGUCCCCAUCGUCCGCAACGGAACGCCCCUCAUCCGUGGCCAUCGCCGCGAGGUCACAGGAUUGAGCUGGUCCAAUGAGGGAAAGCUCGUCACCAUAUCGGACGACUACAUGGCACGCCACUGGCAGGAGGGCGACGACGAUAGCUCUGGCGGCCGCGACGCGUGGAACCUGCGCACCGGUGGAGAGUUCGGCGGCAACCGCCACAUGGCCGGAUGGGCCGACGUUGGGGAUGACUGGGACGAGGACUGCGAUUCGCAUUCAGAGUGCUGA